GGCCUUAGUAUGAGCCUCCUCCGGAUUGGCUGAGCAGUUGUCAGGACUGUUUACAGGAAACAUGGCUUCCCGGUCUGUUGGAGAGCUUCAGGAGAUGGAAGUGGAUCGAAAGGGUGAGUCCGAGGAGUCUGGUGAUGAUGAGACCAGGAGGAGGAGUAUCAAUGGCAACGUGGACCCCAAUCAGCCCGCUACCACAAAUAAAGAAGAGUCUCCUGUUGACAUGGAUACCAUAACUUUGGACCCAGAGGAAGAGGAUGUUGAUCUUGUUCAUUGUCGUAUUGGAAAGAUUGAAGGAUUGGAGGUGCUACAGAAAGCUAAAACACUCUCCUUACGACAGAAUCUAAUCAAAAAGAUAGAAAACCUUGAAAGUUUGACCUCCCUGCGGGAACUAGAUCUCUAUGACAAUCAGGUUCGCAAACUGGAGAACCUGCAAAAUCUCACAGAGAUCGAGCAGCUCGACGUGUCCUUCAAUAUGCUGAGAAAGGUGGAGGGUUUGGAGCAAUUGACUCAGUUGAAGAAACUUUUUCUGCUUCACAACAAAAUAGGCAGCAUUGCCAGCCUGGACCACCUCACAGGCCUGGACAUGCUGGAGCUGGGCUCCAAUCGCAUCCGGGUCAUAGAGAACCUGGAUACUCUUUCAUCUUUACAAAGUUUGUUUCUUGGCACCAACAAAAUAACUACGCUUCAGAAUCUGGAGGGUUUACACAACCUGACUGUUUUAAGCAUCCAGAGUAACCGGAUCACUAAAAUUGAGGGUCUACAGAAUCUUGUCAACCUCAGAGAGCUCUAUCUGAGCCACAAUGGCAUAGAGGUCAUCGAGGGCUUGGAAAACAACAAAAAGCUCACAACCCUGGACAUUGCAGCCAAUCGAGUAAAGAAAAUUGAAAACAUCAGCCACCUGACAGACCUGCAGGAGUUCUGGAUGAACGAUAAUCAGAUAGAUAACUGGUCAGAUCUCGACGAGUUGAAGAAUGCCAAGUCUCUGGAGACGGUCUACCUUGAAAGAAACCCUCUACAGAAGGAUCCACAGUACCGGCGGAAGAUCAUGCUGGCGCUGCCCAGUGUACGCCAGAUCGACGCUACCUUCAUCCGCUUCUAAACUGCAGUGUGGAAUUCACCUGCCAGCUCCGCAGUGUUCUCCCUCACCACCCUGCGUGGCCCCACCUACAAAACCAACUUAAUUUGAAACACACUGGCCUCACUGAAUCAUAUAGUCACUCUGAACACAAACACACAUUCCUACAUUCACCCUCACCCAUGGCUCACUCAUCAUACAUGUAUGCAUGUAUGCACUCAUUCACACCUUGAUCUAUGCUUUUGGGUGGGAGCUUAUUUAUUACUUAAGCUGGAUAUGAACUGUGAGAAGGAUUUAAAAAGAUACCCAGUGCGCAUUUCCUAAUUUAACCUCUGCACUUAUUUUUCUUUUAUUGUUUUGCAUGUGAGAAGAUGUAUGGAGAUAUAUUUCCUCAAUCGUUCAGUGCCCAUCAGGCAAAUAAGAUAUCAAUUGUAACUAUUCCAUUAUUGAGGUUGCACUGCUAUCAUAUGAGAGGAAAGAGUGGCAUUCUUACUAUUGGAGGGAUUUUGUUACGAGUUUAUUCUCUUUGGUUGGACAGGGUUAGACUCUUCUCACAAGGCACACAGUGAGUGAACAAACUAUUUAACACGGAAACAUUGAAGGGAAGUCCAUAAUAAAAUAUAAUGAACAUAUUUUAAACUUUAGAAUGAAGGAAUUUACCAACUUUCCUGCCACAGGAACAUCUAAAAUAAAGCCUAACACGUCAAAGUGACACCAUGUAGUUCCAAGCCAGUACAGUAAAGUGGCCCCUGCUUACAUCUGUCUUUUUAAGAAAAACAGCAAAAAAGUAUAAUUUCAAUAAACUGGUAUCAUUACUGAUGAAGGGCAAAUUGAUGUCUAUACCUUGUCCACAUAUUUCAUAGCCCAUUCUCUGAUUAAUAAGAAUGACCUCUGCAUUAAAACACAGCUCAUGAGAAUGUAAAAAUCAUUAAAUGUGUCCAUAAAGAUGGUUUUGUAAUCAGUUUUUUUUACCUUGAAUACAUCACUGAUUACAGCUUAUUUUUUGACUUCGGGGAAAUUGUUCAUACAUUUUAUUUGUUCUGAUAACAGUAAAAUGAAGAAUGUUUUUGAAGUGAGUUUACUUAAUAAUUGCAAGACUGGUCUCACUUAUUGGUUGAUAACUAAUGCAUUUUGGUGUUUCAAGUUUUCAGAUAUGUAAAAACACUAAAGUACAUAUUCUGUCAUAUUCUUACUUGGCCUUCCGUACUGCUUAAGAAUAAAUGAUCAUGUAUAUUUAUGUUGCCAUGGGAUUUCUUAGAUCAAGCACUUUAACAAAAACAGAGUGACUUAUUCAUAUGGUCCCCUGUAUAUAAUGCUUGAUUGCACUUGAUUUACUCCCAGGUUACAAUGAACAAGUGAUGUAUCUUUUAUUUGAGAAUAAUUUCCCACCUCAGGACUAAAAGGUCACAUUUGGACACAGCACAGGCGCAUCAGAUAACAAUGCAUUGCUGGGUUUACAUGGAGAAUGUCAACUUAAGUGCUUUCUGUGCAACAUUAGAUACUGACCAUUAUCAUUUAAUCCCUUUCAUCUGGGUCUAAAGUGCAUCUUCAAACUGUUAAAGUGGCCUGAGGUAAUAUUGUAUCUCCCUUUGUAGGCAGGAUCAUAAUAGCAUAAUAUGUUGGUUUGUAUCGUUGGUGUCUUUAGUUGACAAUUUGCUCUCUUUCAAAGGAUUUGAAUUUAUGAUCAUAAAUAAAAUUGUUUAUGGUUAUUGAAUUUGAUCAUAACUCAACUCUAGAACAUUUAUGAGCCCAUUAUACAUUAUUGAUGUAAACGUAAUGUUAUUUUGUAUUUAGCUUCAAAUAGAAUUAAAAUUGGUCAGUGGGAUUUGAAGUAUCACUUAGUGUACUGAAUAUCAUUUGGAAAUCUCAUGAUGUAGAAGGUCAGUGCCAUCAUCACCUUCCCUUUGUAAAGUGAAUUUUUUUUUUUCUCUCUUUCUGGUUAAUAGCAGGCAGCACAGCAGUUUUAUUUGAGAACCGUGAUUAAGAAUAACGACCUUGAUAGAUCACUGAAUGAGCAAUUAUUGUAAUUGCAAGUACCUGAUUGUUGUUUGAAAUGAGUCUUCAGGUUCUGGACUUCGUUGAUGCUCUUUUCAAACUGAAUGUAUUAAUUAAAAUAAUAAAAUUACAC